CUUCAACUUAGCCCAGGGAGGAGCUGCGGUGUAAGAGCGGAUGGCGGGCUCACAGAAACCACCCGCUUUUUGGCAUUGUUAGGGUUGCACACAGGAGGCAGAGGACCGAUCUUCCCUGCUGUGCCAACCAGGUAGGCAGCUCUGAGCAGCGGAAUCAUCCAGCCGCGGAGAGGCUUGAUUUCCCGGUGGGGAACCCGGGGCCCGCCCAGCGCGGGCCCGCCUGCCCUGGACGCCUGGUGGUCUCGGCAGAGGAGGAAGUUCCCGGGCAUCGCUGCCUGCGUCACAGCGGGGCUGGCACCGCGGCGGCGGCUCGGCAGCCGACGGCGACCCCGGGGCUGGGCGCUGGGCGGCGCUGGCUGCCGCGGGCCAGGCGGCGCGCGGGGCGGCGCUGGAGGCGGCUCCGCUUGCAGGCGGGGAGGCACCGGGGAGGAGGAACAGGGCUGCGGAGCUGGGGCGUUAGCUGCGUCCCGGCUCAGAGCCCGCGAAGAAGACGAGGACCGAGGCGCCGCCGCGGCCGUGGCCGCAGCACUCUGAGCGCGACAAGCCAUGAGCAGCGACGCCGCGGUCGCUUGCCGCCGCUGAGCCCAACCCGGACACAGCUCGCCGCGCCCUGGCAUCCUUUUCUGCGGAUACCCUCGCCCCCAGAGAAACAUGAUUCCGGUGACCGAGUUCCGGCAGUUCUCCGAGCAGCAGCCCGCCUUCCGGGUGCUGAAGCCGUGGUGGGAUGUGUUCACGGAUUACCUCUCGGUGGCCAUGCUGAUGAUCGGAGUGUUUGGAUGUACUUUACAGGUCAUGCAAGACAAGAUCAUCUGCCUUCCGAAAAGAGUGCAGCCUGCUCAGAACCACUCUUCCGUUCCCAAUGUCUCCCAGGCAGUUAUCAGUACCACUCCGCUGCCCCCACCUAAACCCUCACCGACCAACCCCGCGACCGUGGAGAUGAAGGGACUGAAGACAGACCUGGACCUUCAGCAGUACAGUUUCAUCAACCAGAUGUGCUACGAGCGAGCCCUCCACUGGUAUGCCAAGUACUUCCCAUACCUGGUGCUCAUCCACACCCUGGUCUUCAUGCUCUGUAGCAACUUCUGGUUCAAAUUCCCCGGAUCCAGUUCCAAAAUAGAACAUUUCAUCUCCAUCCUGGGGAAGUGCUUUGACUCCCCGUGGACCACACGGGCUCUCUCCGAAGUGUCCGGAGAGGACUCCGAAGAGAAGGACAACAGAAAAAACAACAUGAACAGGUCCGGCACCAUCCAGUCUGGUCCCGAGGGCAACCUGGUGAGGUCCCAGUCUCUCAAGUCAAUUCCUGAAAAGUUCGUGGUUGACAAAUCUGCUGCGGGGGCUCUGGACAAGAAGGAAGGUGAGCAGGCCAAGGCCUUGUUUGAGAAGGUGAAGAAGUUCAGACUGCAUGUGGAAGAAGGUGAUAUCCUGUACGCCAUGUACGUGCGACAGACUGUGCUGAAGGUCAUCAAAUUCCUAAUCAUCAUUGCCUACAACAGUGCCCUGGUUUCCAAAGUCCAGUUCACAGUGGACUGUAAUGUGGACAUCCAGGACAUGACGGGCUAUAAGAACUUUUCUUGCAAUCACACCAUGGCUCAUUUGUUCUCUAAGCUCUCCUUUUGCUACCUGUGCUUUGUAAGCAUCUAUGGCCUGACGUGCCUUUACACCUUAUACUGGCUGUUCUACCGUUCUCUGAGGGAAUAUUCCUUCGAGUAUGUCCGGCAGGAGACGGGAAUCGAUGACAUUCCGGAUGUGAAAAAUGACUUUGCUUUCAUGCUCCAUAUGAUAGACCAGUAUGACCCUCUCUAUUCCAAGCGGUUUGCAGUGUUCCUGUCUGAAGUCAGCGAGAACAAGUUAAAACAACUCAAUUUAAAUAACGAGUGGACCCCGGACAAACUGCGGCAGAAGCUGCAGACAAAUGCCCACAACCGCCUGGAGCUGCCGCUGAUCAUGCUGUCUGGCCUCCCGGACACCGUGUUUGAAAUCACAGAGUUGCAGUCUCUGAAGCUGGAGAUCAUUAAGAAUGUCAUGAUCCCCGCCACCAUCGCCCAGCUAGACAACCUGCAGGAGCUCUGUCUGCACCAGUGCUCCGUCAAGAUCCACAGCGCCGCGCUCUCCUUCCUGAAGGAGAAUCUCAAGGUCCUGAGUGUCAAGUUUGAUGACAUGAGGGAGCUGCCCCCCUGGAUGUACGGCCUCCGGAACCUGGAAGAGCUCUAUCUGGUUGGCUCUCUGAGUCACGACAUCUCCAAAAAUGUCACCCUGGAGUCUCUGAGGGACCUCAAAAGCCUUAAAAUCCUUUCCAUCAAGAGCAACGUCUCCAAGAUCCCUCAGGCCGUGGUGGAUGUGUCCAGCCACCUCCAGAAGAUGUGCGUCCACAAUGAUGGCACCAAACUGGUGAUGCUCAACAACCUGAAGAAGAUGACCAACCUGACGGAGCUGGAGCUGGUCCACUGCGACCUGGAACGCAUCCCCCACGCCGUGUUCAGCCUGCUCAGUCUCCAGGAGCUGGACCUGAAGGAGAACAACCUCAAGUCCAUAGAGGAGAUCGUGAGCUUCCAGCACUUGAGAAAGCUGACCGUGCUCAAACUGUGGUAUAACAGCAUCGCUUACAUUCCAGAGCACAUCAAGAAACUGACCAGCCUGGAGAGACUGUUUUUCAGCCACAAUAAGGUAGAGGUGCUUCCCUCCCACCUCUUCCUGUGCAACAAAAUCAGAUACCUGGACUUGUCCUAUAACGACAUCCGCUUCAUCCCGCCCGAAAUCGGAGUUCUGCAAAGUUUACAGUAUUUUUCCAUCACUUGUAACAAAGUGGAGAGCCUCCCAGAUGAACUCUACUUCUGCAAGAAACUUAAAACUUUGAAGAUUGGGAAAAACAGCCUCUCCGUACUUUCACCAAAAAUUGGAAAUCUACUAUUUCUUUCCUACUUAGACAUCAAAGGCAAUCACUUUGAAGUCCUCCCUCCCGAGCUGGGAGACUGCCGGGCUCUGAAGCGAGCCGGGCUAGUUGUGGAAGAUGCUCUGUUUGAGACUCUGCCCUCAGAUGUCCGGGAGCAGAUGAAAGCAGACUAACUUAUUUUUCAUCAGAGUAUGACUGAAACAUGCUUCUACCAAAUACAAUAUAAAGAAUUAGGUAGUCCUAAUGCCUUUCCUAUAUUAUUUUUUUUUCCUUUUCCACACAAGACAACAUGUACACAAAGAUUGAGUAAGGAGUAUGUAUUUUUUAAUAAAAAUUUAAUUGUAUUUUUUCAAUAUUAAUAUUUUAAAGUUUUAUUUGUCCCGGAAGCUGACGUAUCUGUUAUUGAUUCUGCCCGCAGGAAUGGGUAGUUCCACCUGGCUUUGGGUUUUGCUUUCUCACUUGAGUUCAUUCUUGUAAAAGGAAAGGAAUCGUAGGUCUCAUGAAUUUUGGCAUCUUCUAAAUGGGUGAAGAUACUUUGCCAACACCAUCUUUACUUUCUUUCUACCUGUCCGAGCUCUUGGUGAGUCUCAUCAUAUGUACCAAGAAGUUGUGCCAGUGGUUUUACUGUCAGCCGCCACCUUGGCUGGUCAGGAGGUGCCACUCUAUAGGAAACUCCAGACUCUGAGCUCACACAAGUACACUGUCACAGAGUAUUACCCUGAAAAGCCCCCUGCUUCUGACACUGUUAAUCGUAUCAUUUCCUAAACAACAGUUUCAGUUAGCCUAGGACAGGCUUUUGAAGUGGGUGAAGAAAGCAACCCCCUGUGGUUGCGCUCCUUGUGUGCAUGUAUCAUUUGGCGUCUCACUGAUCUGUAUUUUUUUUUAACCAACAUCCUAAAAUAUGUCGUCAAAAAUUAAACACAACCACUACCCCCAUCCACCUCACUAUUGCCAUGUGGUACUGUUGAACAACCUUAGGAAAAUUAGAUUUUAUUUCAAUAUUCUAGCAGAUAAUUAAAUUUUAAAUCAUAGAAUUAGAAGCCUGUUUUGAGUAAUUUAAUCACUUUUGAUGCCUUGAUAUGUGGAUGCAUCCGAUGGAAAACAAUCUUGCUACUAAGGCACUCUGUUAGAAAGCUGAUGUAUUCUAUGCAGGCCCCGCCCCUUCCUUUGUUAGAAGGCUGAUGUAUUCCACGCAGGCCCUGCCCCUUCCUCUGUUAAAAAGCUGAUGUAUUCCACGCAGGCCCCGCCCCUUCCUCAGACCCUGUGCAGAGAUAUCAAUUCACUUUCUGCCUGGUGAAUAAAACAACCCACUGUGUACAUAAGCGUAGUCAUCAGCUUCCCGCAAGCCUGCCCUCAGUGCGGGCGGAUGUCAGUGCAGCAAGCACGGGAACUCUCAGCUCUCUGCUAAAGAUCGCACCUCACUUAGCCAAGUGCUGUGACUAACCUCUGAGUGUUCUCACUUCGCAAUAGUUCCCACCUGGUGGCUGGCAAAGCUUUUAUUGAUCUUCCUUUUCCUAAAAUCCAGCCUAGUGUGGAGACUUGAGUUACAUAGUCCACCAACUGGCCUAAGGAAAAAUUUAACACUGAAGGUAGGAAGAUGAUUUGACUUCUGAAACCCUGUUUUGAAGAACGUUUUCUUGGCCCCCAUGACCUUGCCCAGACCUGGGUUUUGUUGUUGUUUUUUGUUUGUUUGUUUUUUGGUUGUUUUUUUUUUUUUUUUGUGGCAUGUAAACAUAGACAAGACAUACCUGGGAAGCACAUGGUCCUCAUGUGAGUUAAGAUGGGGGUUGGGGGGUGCGGGAUAGCUCAGUGACAAAGCACUUGCCCAGAGCUGAGCCCCGUGCCUGAGUUUAGCGACCUGACACUACAAAACAGACAAGGGAACAGGACUCAUCACUCUGUGUGAAGGGCCAGCCCCGUGCAAGUGCUUCUAUUUCAGUCAUGAUUUCUUUAAACCUGGAAUUAAAAUGAUAAUAAUAAUAAUAAUUUGAAGUACUAUUAUGACUAUACUUAUAGGAAGAAAUAUUCAAUUUUAGAAUAUUGAAUGGUAUGAAUCAUGUGUCAUGUUCAGAAAAGCUCUGCCUUAAAGAACUUAAAGGCAGAUUGUCUGUUAUUGAGCAAGAGUAACUUGUUGUUGGAAUGUAAAUUGAACCAUUGAAUGCACCGUUUUGAUUGUUAAAACUUAUGGUUAUUUCUAAUAUCACCCUUCAGAAGGGAUCUAUUCAAGUUAAACACCAUAGUUAUAAUGAAGUCUUUCUCUGGCAUUAACUGAAAAUCCUGUAUAGGUUCAUAACUGAAGCAAAUCGCCAAUAAUUCAAUUUUAUCAAGCUUCCAAAUAAUUUGUUUUAUCUUCAUAAUGAUUUCACAGGCCGACUCCCAACCUAAGUUGUAAAUAACAUUCAAUAAAGCAGUAUAGUUUUUAGACUUUCUUUUAACUAAGAGUAAAAUACUCAUAGAUCUUUCUAUUAGAUUUUAUAAAACUUCCAAAGCCUCAAUCUCUGAAGAGUUUGAACUUUCUGAUUCUCGUCCUUUUUAAUACAGUAAGUUUUUGUUCUCGUUCUUGAGUAAAAUGCUUUCAGCUACUGUCCAGCCUUCCAACGGGAAACUCGGGUGCCUGAACCACUGGCUUUUCUAAUGUUCUCUGAUCUAACUUAGUGCAGAGAGGCUGUCUGCCUCCUCUCUCUCUCUCUCUCUCUCUCUCUCUCUCUCUCUCUCUCUCUCUCUCUCUCUCUCUCUGUUUUCCAAGUGCUCUUGCUGGGAGGAUCAGCUCUCUGUCCAACCUCCAACUCACAACAAACUGCUGUAUAAAUCACAAAUGUGCCAUCUGAACUCUUAACUCCGAGGUUGGCUUCAAGCUCAAGGUAUACAGAACAGCCAUCUGGUGGUGCUCUGGUUGAAAGGUCCUAAUAGAACGCCACCUAAGGGACCAGCAAGGUGGCCCUGAGGGUGAAUGGCACUUGCCAUCCACCUGAGGUCCUGAGCUUGCUCUUCAGGAUCCACACAGUGGAAGGAGAGAACCAACUCCCGUCAGUUGUCCUCUGAAGGGUGCCACAGAGUGAGCACCUACAUCAGACGCGCACAAAGUAAUUAAUGUAGAUUUUAAAUCAUAGAAAAAAUAACCACACACACACACACCCAAGAAUGUAACACCUCAGAACACAAUUGUGUUCUCUCAUUACACAAUUUGAUCUGGUUUUGAAUAUCAGAAUUCUCAAUGAGAUAAACUGUGGUGUACAUGAGAUUCCUCGAAUUGCCCACCCAGCCCUUCCUUGCUGCUACAAUGAGCUCUGACAGUCUCCGUGGUGUCCUAAGCAGCAAGCAGACUUUUUCAGGCUCUUUUGGAAAUGUCCCUGCCUCAGGGAGGUUGUUCAUUUUGAUCACAGGCCCCACUCUGAAGGGUCUGAAACAUGGACUCUUCCUUGGGUUUCAUAAACAAAAGAAGUCCAGUUUCUUUCAGUACGCUGGUUUAUGGCUUUAAUUUAUCUCACUCUCUAAUCCAGUUUUCAUACCAAAUACUGAUCAACGGUAUUGGCAUUUCAGCAGUAACACUUAUGGAUCAUCAAUACAAAAGUCCAUUAACACUUCUCAUGCAAACCUUGUUGAUGUCACUUCAGUUUUUCAUAAAGUAAAUUAAGUCUACCUUAAAGAGUUUACACUGGGGCAGAAUCUUCAAGAAUGUCAUACUCAAGUGAACAAAAUGGCUACCACUGAGGAAACUUCUAGAAGAGUCGAUGGGAUGUUUGCACCUUUUCUGUUUAGAGACAUGGUAAGAAGUCCCAGUCUUACCUAGAGCUGCCAUGAGUUUUCAGAUUUAGCUCUCAGUCUUCUGAUAUCAGCCUCCCACACAAGUAUCUGCUCCCAUCCAGUCCCCUUCCCAAAGUCGCCCACUAAUAAAGAUGGCAUUCUUAGGAUUAUCUGAGGGAGAGAGAAGAGAGUCUCCCUCUGCCCACAAGGAAUUAUUUUUUAAUCAGAAGGGUAUAUAACAUUGGACAGCUUUUAUUGACCAGAUAGCAGCCACUAUGUAUUUAGGGUUUGGUUUGGUUUUUGAGCCAAACCUAGGCUGACCUUAAACUUGAGAGCCUCUUGCCCCGGCUUCCUGGACACUGGAUUACAGGUGUUUACUGCACACCUGGCCUGCGUGGUUUAUAGUUAGAUUCGUUUGUGUCUUCGGUCCCCUGCCACACUGCUCUUUGGGGUUGACACCCCAUGCCUUAUGUGCUUGCUGGUGUUUGGUUUGCAUUUGUUUACUAUGUUCAUGUGCAUUCAGAUUGUCAAGUGCUGGCAAACUUCUUGGACUGCCGAGAAAAAGGACUGAUCGUUGAUUUGUCAGAAUACAUGUUCAUGAAAGGAAACGUCUUAGUGUUAUCUCGCUGUGUGGUGUAUAGGAACAAAAAUAAAUAAAGUCAUUUUUGUAACAUA